AUGGAGGAUCUCACUCUGCCGCGCAUCCUCUGCAUUCACGGCGCGGGCGUCAAUGCCCAAGUCUUCGAGAUCCAAUGCCGAGCCAUCAUAGGCAAGCUCAGGGACAAGUUUCGGUUUGUCUUUGUCGACGGCCACAUGGAGGAUGAAGCGCACCCGGCUGUAGUCAACAUCUUCGGUGAGCUCGCGCCAUUCAAGCGGUGGCUGGUCUACAAAGACGCGCACGAGACCAUGGACCCCGUGGUUGCGUCCCAGAAACUGGCGAAGCAGCUCCAAGACGCGAUCGAUCAGGACAAGGGCACCGGCGAAUGGGCGGGGUUGAUAGGCUUCUCCCAGGGCGGCGUCAUCUCGUCGAGUCUUCUCUGGGCUCAGGAUCACAUCGAGGACGAUUCCAAGAGGCCGCUGCCGGGCAUCACGUUCCGCUUCGCCGUCGUCAUGUCCGCUCCCGGGCCCAUCGUCCACAUCGAUCGCACAGGCACACUGACCAAGCCGCGACACUUGAUCCACGCCGGCGAGAGGAUGUCGUACGACUACGACGAUUGGCCCGUACAGGGCACGCAAGACGAAGCGCACAUGGUGCUGACGCCGACGCUGCACAUCCACGGGCUGCAAGACCCGGCGCUUUUCAACCACAGGAAGCUGUACGAGUAUAGCAAGAGGGGGACGGCGACGCGGUUUGAGUGGGAUGGAGGCCACCGGCUGCCAAUCCGGCGGGAAGACGUGGAGCGAACCGUCAACAUGAUACUGCAGUUGGCCGAGAGGACAGGCAUGGAGUUUUACUACGACGACGCCUGGUAA